AUGGACACGUCCGAGGCCGGAGAUAUUCAACCGCUGAUCAGACGGUGGGAGCAAAACAUGCUCGUCAACGCCGACUCCCUCCACAAUGCUUCUCGACACGCCCAGCACCCUUGCGUCGCUAAGAAAGCGCGCCACCUGCGCACCGGCCCAACCGAUCGUGCUGGUAACAGCCAAGAUGAGGACGCUGGAAACUGGGUUGACAAGGGCGGCGACGGCGACGGGGCCGCAGCUGGCGCUCGGGAGGAGCACGAGGUCGCAAUUGAGCACAUUGGCGUGCUCGGCAGUAGCGGCGCCGUUGGGGCGUCGAUGUAG